AUUGCUGAUGAUGACAUAAUUAAUGUCGAAAUAUUGAAUCCCAACACGAUGGCGUGCAUUUCAAUACUUGGAGUAUGUAUUAUACUUUCUUAUCUGAGUUAUUAGUCAGUGGAUCUUUCGGUAAUAGGCCUAUGGGUCUACUUGUGUGAAUUCAAAGCGGAUUUUUCAAUGGUGGAUGUUAAACGGAGUAAUUCAAAAUGAAAACUAUAGUCGAUAAAACUGGAAUUAGAAACACAACAUUAUUAAAUCAUUCGGAUUUUACAAAUUGCCGAAAAACAUUUCUUCUGAUUAGUUUUAUCUUAACAUGUGCCACAGGAGAUGUGAUGGUUGAGCAAGAAGAAAUUAUGGCAAGAGAGGGAUCUUCCGUCACACUGAAGUGUAUUGUUACAUCUGAUAAUACACCAACCGUAAGCUGGUUCUUUAACGACAAUAGAAUAUUUCAUAAUCAAAAAGUAGUCGAAGAAGACAAAAUCGUACUAAAAUACACAUUUUCCAACACAACAGGUCUCAACUCAACCAGAACAUACAGGUACAACCUACAAAUAAGAAACGUGUUGCCAACGGAUGAUGGUGUGUACACUUGCCGUGUUAUUAUUGCCGAAAAAACGAUCACACGUCAUAUCAAAUUGGAAGUAAAGUAUUUGAAUGAAAAUCCUUUUGUCAGUUGCCAGUUUUCUACAUCCAAUACCUCAAUUCAACAUGGAAGCAGUCAUCAAACGGAAAAGACCAGAUACCAAACUCAACUUAUUACCGGUAUAUCUUGUACAGCUAACAUCGGUAAAAAUAUUAUCGUCAACAUCACAAUCAUGAAAUCUGCUCACUACAAAAACGAUCUAAUUCCUGUCUAUUUUGCUAUUACAAUGCAGUCUGAUUCUGUAAAUGGAGUAAAUAUCAUUUAUCCCGUGAACGUCACUGGUUUAGACGGUUGGCAAUUCUGGUGCGUGGCACAUCAGUCGAUGAUAUUACAACCGCUCAACUCUUCCACACCUCUAUUGAUGAAACCUCGAGUAAAGAUCACCAAACUAAAUAUAGACAGCGAGGAGCAGUUUAAAUGUGAAGUAGAAUCAUAUCCCGAUGCCAGUUUUCGAUGGAUUAUCUGUGAGAAAGAAACAGAAAAUGUCGAGGUUGAAGAAUGUAAGGUAUUGAACAGCACAAGUAGUGACGUGACGUUGAUGGAUAUUGGUGCCGUGGAUGAUGCGUUAAUACUGAUAUGCGAGGCUCAAAAUGCAGUUGGAACAGGACACGGCAACCUGUCAAUCACUAGACAUACCGGACCUCCAAAUUUGCCGAUCACUCGACAAACCGAACCUACAGGCACAAUGAUCACACCUACAAAAAACGAAGUGAGAGGAGGCUUGUUCAAAUGGUUCAUAGGUGGUGCCAUGUUGUUAAUAUUUUGUAUCGUUGUGUUAUUAUUGUUAAUAGGCCAAUGUCUCUAUAAACGAUUCUGUAAAACAGCCCCUGCUGACAUCCCUGACGAUCAAUACACAAGUCUCAAGUUUGAUACAAACCAGCGACAGCACGACUACCAGGAACUUGGAAAGCUGUUCACAACGCCGCUCACGAAUAACUGUGAAGUUCAGUAUAUUAAUAUUCCAAGUGUGAAUUUGAAAGACGAUCCAACGCAUACAUAAGCCCUGUUUAUCAGAACUUCAAAGUUUCUUUCUAGUACAUGAUGUCUUGCCAGGUGUUUUUUAUCUGUUCUUUUAAAGUCGCUUUGACUUUUGUUUGGAUCUCCUGGAAGAGUCCAGUGGUAUCUCAUCUGAAAGAGCACGAUAUACAAACUAAGCAAAUUCAGGCUCAGGUGUAAUAACCAUAACAAAAAAAUGUUAAAGCUUGUUCUUGAGCCAAUACAAAUUCUUUCCUGGGAUCACUCAAAAUGAAUACUUCUAAAACAUGUAAAU